AUGAUGACCGCUGUGACCAUGGUGGACGAUGACCCUUUAAACUCACCAGAUUUUGACCCAGUAGACUACCUCAACCACCACUUUCCUACCGAACGAUCCCUUGACAGGCUGGAACCGUUCAUGUCGAACAUUGCGGUGCAAAUCGGUGACCUGGGCGACGAAAUAUCCAAGACUGUGCAGGGGCAAAGCGAGGCCGGGCAUCAAGCAACAAGGGACGUUGACGAAGCAAAGGCAGCAAUUCGAGAGCUAUUCGAAAAAAUUCGGGACAUGAAAGCGAAGGCUGAGCAGUCAGAGGUUAUGGUGCAGGAAAUCUGCAGAGACAUCAAGCAGCUUGAUUUUGCCAAGCGUCAUCUCCAAACUACCAUAACGGCUCUCAAGCGUCUCCACAUGCUUGUGACAGCGGUAGAUCAACUGCAAGGAGUUGCCAAAGCGAAGCACUAUCGCGAAUCAGCGAACCUGCUCGAUGCAGUGAGGCAGCUGUUGACGCACUUCGAGAGCUACUCUCAGGUCCCUCGAAUUGCAGAGCUUCGAGAGACAGUGACAGGCAUCAAGAACGAGCUGGUGGAACAAACGUCACAAGCAUUCAAUCAAGUGGGGCAACUUGCGAGCUCAACUGCAGACCCAGAGGGCUUCGAAAGAGAUGCUGACAAGCCUGGACAAUUCCGUUCUCUCCAAGAGGCGUGCUUAGUGGUCGAUGCCCUCGGGGGGCAAGCGCGACAACAGCAGAUCGAGUCGUUCUGCAAUCAGCAGAUGCAGCCGUACGACCCGCUGUUUCCCCAAGGGUCGACGCAAGCGCAGCUAGAUCAAAUCGACCGCCGUUUUGCUUGGUUUCGGCGCCUUCUCCGCGGGGUGGACUUGCGAUUUGAUGGCGUGUUUCCUAGACACUGGCGCCUUCAGCAUCGGCUGUGCAUGAGGUUUCUAGGUCAGACCCGCACGGCGUUGGCGGAAAUUUUGGACGGAGGCUCGAAAGAGGCAGAGGAUGUUACAGUGCUUCUGAAGGCUGUCCACAAGUGCUUGGCGUUCGAGAAUGAGGCCCACUCCAGGUUUGAGGGAAAGGAGGACGAAAGCCGACAGGCAAAGGAAGUCGAGCUUGAUGCUGAAGGGAAUCUGAUCGACCCCAACAGUGCGGAAGGCAUUAAGCAAAAGUAUGCGAAUGCGUCUCGGGGCAACGAUCGAGAUUCCACGACUGUUGGCCGAGGGGUACCAAAAAGUCUAUACGCACCCCUCAGCGCCGACGGCGAAGGCGUUAGAGACGAGGUGGAGGGUUCCCUACCGCCUAUCGUUGGAAUGCUGUCAGGCGUGUUCGAGCCCUUCAUGGGCCCUUACAUCGCGUUUGAGAGGCGGAAUUUGGACGAUCUCAUUAAAGCAGCUGCACGGACAACGGGCCCAUCAAACGAUGAUAUCGAUCGAGACCGCAAGCUCCCGGUCUUCAGCACGAGUGUGAAUAUAUUCGUGUACAUCAAAAACUCCAUACAGCGGUGCACCAAGUUUACGACUGGCCAGACGUUCUUCGAUUUGCAUCAGGAGUACAAAUCGUGUCUGAGGGCGUACGCCAACCUUCUCCUGGCGAAGCUUCCAACGGCCCAGGGAACAGCUGUGCAGCAGCAGCAUCUAGUGGACGGUGGGGAGGUCACAGUUUGCUACGUGAUCAACACUGCCGAGUACUGUGCAGACAUACUUCCACAGCUAGAAGAUAUGGUCAAGAGCAAGAUGGAUGCUUCUUUCAAAGAGAAAGUGGACCUCGCCGAAGAGCAAGAGCCUUACUACAACGUUAUCACGCAAGCUGUGCGCGUUCUUGUCUCUGGACUUGAAACACGCGUGGAGCCGGCGUUUCGGGCAAUGUCAGGAAUAAACUGGGGCACCUGCGAGAUGGUCGGAGAAGAGAGCCACUACGUGCGGAGCAUUCAUGACGCGUUCCAAAGCUUCGUGCCGAGUAUCCGCAGCCUCCUGUCCACUAUGUACUUCAGAAACUUCUGCGACAAGAUGGUCACAUCUUUCCUGCCGUCAUUUUUAAGCCUUAUUCUGCGGCAACGCCGGGUAAACGAGAUGGGCACUCAGCAGCUUUUGCUGGAUGUCUACAACCUUAAGACCUUGAUGCUGAAGGUACCAUCGCUGGGGUUAGACCAGUUGCAGAGUACUCCUGUCCCUGUCAGCUACACGAAGUACGUCACGAAGCACAUGUCCAAGAUUGAGAUGGUGCUGAAACUGGUGGGGACGCCGCAAGCCAUGCUGGUGGAGAGGUUCCAGAUCAUGUGGCCAGAUGGAGGUGCCCCAGACUUGCAGGCUAUCAUGACUCUCAAAGGCAUGCGCAAGGCAGAUCAACAGAUGAUUCUGGACACGCUGGGAAUGGACGAUGCACAGGCGAAUAACACGACGAUGCGGAGUGAACCUGCCGGCGCCCCUCUUGUUGCAGUACCGGAAUCAGGCCCACUGGGCGCGGCCUUUGAGAGCAACACGAGAGAGAUCGCGUCAAAGAUGGAAAACAGCAUGCGCAACAUGACGAGCAACCUUCAAAAGUUGUCAUUCCGAUAAGUAGUAAGGAUGCCCCAGAGUCCCGAUCUUGGUGUUUAGGGAUAGUUUCCAAGAUCGGCGCUUCCAACGUGGUGGCGAGGGUUCAUUCGUAUUCGGGCCCGAUUGGUGGUAUGUGUUUUCCCCCACGAUGCGGUCAUCGUGCGUUGAGAACGUGGAGGGCAACAUACGUGACGAGCAUGCGGCUUGUAUUUGACCAUUGCUCGGCGACAACGAUGCACAUAGAAGUGUAUCGCAAGGGUAGACAUUUCGCUAUGGAAAUUCGAGGACUGGGCGAGCAGCACUCGGCGAACGCGAGAUUGCAUUUCGCCGAUAUUGCGUUCUGUUUGUCGUUGAAACCUCCUUCAGGAAGUGUCGAAAAGAUGGUCCAACUAUCGAAAGAACACGCGAGUCUCGCAAUGCCUAUGCCUACAAGGGGGAAAGAGACGCCAUGCUUUGUGAUACCCCCACGAGUGAGAUCCGUAGAACGCGAUAUUGGUCCUGUCCUGCAACACUCCGUAGUAAAGUUGAUUGGUAGCCUUUCGCCAAGAUCC